UUAUAGGCAGGACCAGAGGAUGCGGAAGAGAGAUCUGUUCAAAUAAGAAGGGGCACUGAAGAGGCAAGAAUGACUCAGGGGCUUGUUCCCAGGAAGCUGUGGUGGACGCCGUUGCGGACGCUGUUGCAAGAAAGAAGAGAGAAGUCUGUGAUGGGGGCAGUGACGGAAAUGAACCCACACUCCGGGGCCAGGAGAGGAGUCGUGUUUCCUGCCCUUAUUUCCCGGUGCUUCUCCUCUGUGCUCAUUGCCCCCUUGACCUCCACCGAGCUGUACUUAGACGUUCAAUGUGCGUCUCUGCUGAUCUGAGCUCUGCAGACCAGCAGGAACCUGCAUCUGCCCUGAAGAUGUGAAGGUGAGCCGGGUCCAUGGUGAGGACCCCGCAGGACUGUGCUGAUGGACGGCUGAGGACGAUGGAGGCCCCACACGGAGGAUCUGAGAGGGAAGGGCGUGGCCUGGGCACCCUCACCUGCAAGGGGCGCCUCAGGAAGACACCGGGUCUCUUUGCUGAUCUGUCAUGGAAACGAGAGCCAGGCUCUCAAGAAGGGGCAGUUCCCCUUCCCGUGGGGCUGCUGACGUGACAGCCCCGUGACGGGGAGGACCAGCCUCUGAGCGGACACACCCUGUGGGUCUCCGUGCUGAGGGCACCGUGUCUCCUCCAUCUGCACAGCCUGGACCACAGGGAGGAGGCGCCAUGACCCCCACGCUCACGGCCCUGCUCUGUCUCGGGCUGAGUGUGGGCGUGAGGACCCAGGUGCAGGCAGGGACCCCCCCCAAACCCACCAUCUGGGCUGAGCCAGGCUCUGUGAUCCCCUGGAAUAGCCCUGUGACCAUCUGGUGUCAGGGGACCCUGGGGGUCCAGGUGUUCCAACUGUAUUCAGAGGGAACCACAGAGCCUUGGGACAGACAGCCCCCACUGGAGCAAGGGGACAAGGCCAAGUUCUCCAUCCCACACAUGGCAGAGCACUACACAGGGAGACACCACUGUGACUAUUUAAGCCCCACUGGCUGGUCAGAGCGCAGUGACCCCCUGGAGCUGGUGAUGACAGGAGCCUACAGCAAACCCAGCCUCUCAGCCCUGCCGAGCCCCGUGGUGACCUCAGGAGGGAACGUGACCCUCCAGUGUGGCUCACAGGAGGGAUUUGACAGGUUCAUCCUGACUAAGGAAGGGGAAGACAAGCCCUCCGGGGCCCUGGACGCACAGCCACAGCCCAGCGGGCAGACCCAGGCCCUGUUCCCUGUGGGCCCCGUGCCCCCCAGCCCCAGGUGGACGUUCAGAUGCUACGGCUGCUACAGGAGCAAACCCCAGGUGUGCUCGGCCCCCAGCGGCCCCCUGGAGCUCCUGGUCUCAGGUCUUGGAAAGUACCAGAAAAUUUUGAUUGGGGUCUCUGUGACCUUCGUCUUGCUGCUCUCCCUCCCCCUCAUCCUCCUCAUCCGACACAGGCAGCAGAGCAAACGCAGCAAGUCAGACGCUGCCAUGAGAGAGACCCUGACUGAGGAGGACAAGCAGGUGGAGAAUCGGGGCAGAAACCUAACUGAAGAGGGACAAAAGCGGAGGCAAGGAGAGGAGUUCCACCCGCUCACGAUCUCCCCGCCGCAGAGCCCUGGUGGUGGAGAUCCCCAGGGAGCGACAUACGCCCAGGCUGCCGUGUCUGAAGCCCCCCAGGAUGUGACCUAUGCCCAGCUGACCCACUCGACCCUCAGACGGGAGACGACCGCACCCCCUCCCUCCCAGGCGGGGGAGCCCCCCACAGAACCCAGCAUGUAUGCCACACUCGCCAUCCACUAGCCCAGGACAGGACACCGACUCCCCACUCCCAGGAGGGAGACCGCAGGGACCCCGGGAGGCAGGGGGGCUGCCCCAUGGACACACAUCUAAUGCCCUGAGCCCAGGGAUCUUUCAUAAGCAAGCAGGAUACCCUGGGGCUUUAGAAGUCACCCCGUGCUGAAAACCAAGAUAAACAUUAACUCUAUAUUUUUAGAAACAAAGCAAUACACUUCUAAAUAACCGAUAGGUGAGAGAAGAAAACCGCAAUUGAAGAUAGAACUUUUUUCACGUCACUGGUAAUGCAAAUCUUACACAGCGACACAGACUGUUACUUAAGUGAUAAUGCCAAUGGUGUAUGUCAAGAUCAAUCGGGAAAACUAAGUGCCUAAACAAUAUUACCUUAAAAAACGAAGAAAGCCAGAAAACCGGUGAUCUAGAUAUAUAGAAGUCAGGAAAAGAAACAGCAAAUUCGCCCCAUGACAACGGGCAAAAGGCUAUACUAAUAAGAAAAGUGUGUAUUUACAUGGAAAGAACUAAAAAAGAGGGAAAUAUCAAUUCUAUUAAUCUGCUCAGGCUGCUAGAACAAAAUAAAAAAGCAUAGAAAUUUA